AUGAAUGAGCUGCUGGACCCCGCUUCCCAGGCCAACCUGGGCGUCGUCUCGGCCACCUGCGUCGCCAAGGUGGAGCUGCGCGUCAGCUGCAAGCACCUGCUGGACCGCGACGCGCUGAACAAGUCCGACCCCUGCGUGGUGGUGCUCAUGCAGUCCCAGGGGCAGUGGAUGGAGGUGGACCGCUCCGAGGUGAUCCGGAGCAACCUGAACCCGGUCUUCGCCAAGGUCUUCAUGGUGGACUACUACUUCGAGGAGGUGCAGAAGCUGCGCUUCGAGGUCUACGACAUCCACGGCCACAGCAGCAUCGGGACCCACGACGACGACUUCCUGGGGGGCAUGGAAUGCACCGUGGGCCAGAUCGUGGCCCAGAAGCGCAUGAGCAAGCCGCUCGUCCUGAAGUACGGGAAGUUUGCCGGCAAGUCCACCAUCACGGUGACCUCUGAAGAGAUUUCCGGGGACAACGGCUUUGUGGAGCUCUUCUUCCGGGCGAAGAAACUGGACGACAAGGACCUCUUCAGCAAAUCUGACCCCUUCCUGGAGAUCUACCGGAUCAACGAUGACGGCAGUGAGCAGCUGGUGCAUCGCACCGAGUUCGUCAAGAACAACCUGAGCCCCAUAUGGGAGCCGUUCAAAGUCUCCCUGAACUCGCUGUGCAGCUGCGAGGAGAAGCGGAAGCUGCGGUGCGUCGUGUUUGACUACGAUUCCCGGGGCAAGCAUGACUUCAUCGGAGAAUUUUACACGACCUUCGAGGAGAUGCAGAAAGCCACGGGGGGAAACAAGAUUCAGUGGGACUGCAUGAACCCCAAGUACAAGCUGAAGAAGCGGAACUACAAGAACUCUGGCGUGGUCAUUCUGCUGGACCUGAAGAUCCACAGGGUCUACUCGUUCCUGGAUUACAUCAUGGGCGGCUGCCAGAUUCACUUCACGGUGGCGAUCGACUUCACCGCCUCCAACGGGGACCCCCGGAACAGCUGCUCCCUCCACUACAUCAACCCAUACCAGCCCAACGAGUACCUGAAGGCACUCAUGACAGUGGGGGAGAUCUGCCAGGACUACGACAGUGACAAGAAAUUCUCCGCCUUGGGCUUUGGAGCCAGGAUCCCACCCAACUACGAGGUUUCCCACGACUUUGCCAUUAACUUCAACCCAGAGGAUGACGAGUGUGAAGGCAUCCAGGGCGUGGUGGAGUCCUACCAGAACUGCCUGCCCAAGAUCCAGCUCUACGGGCCGACCAACGUGGCCCCCAUCAUCACCAAGGUGGCCCGGGUCGCCGCGGAGGAGGAGAAGAGCAAGGAGGCCUCGCAAUACUUCAUCCUGCUGAUCCUGACGGAUGGGGUGGUGACCGACAUGGCGGACACGCGGGAGGCAAUUGUCCGGGCCUCGUACUUGCCCAUGUCCAUCAUCAUCGUCGGUGUGGGCAACGCCGACUUCACCGACAUGCAGGUCUUGGACGGGGAUGACGGCGUCCUGCGCUCCCCCAAGGGCGAGCCCGUCCUGCGGGACAUCGUGCAGUUUGUCCCCUUCCGGGAGUUCAAGAAUGCCUCCCCGACCGCCCUGGCCAAGUGCGUCCUGGCUGAGGUGCCCAAGCAGGUGGUGGAGUACUACAGCUACAAGGCCUUGCCACCCCGCUGCACCAAAGGGACCGCCCCCAACUCCACCCUGAGCUCUCCUCAGUAA